AUGUCAGACACAAAGUACCCGCCCGUCAAGCAGAGCACACCUCAAACCGAGGAGGAGCAGAAGAAUGUCGAUACAGUAAAAGAAUACAUGCGCCUCGCCUACUCACCCAAGGAGAACAAAGGUGCCGAAACCGUUACACAUCUCUGCCAUGAAAACGCCUACUUCAUCGCCCCAACCACCUUCCCCGGCGUCAACUCGCCCCAAGAAUACGCCGAGUCGCAUUCCAAAGUCAUGGCCGCGGUAUCCGAUCUACACAUCGACUCUUACGACGUCAUCUUCGCAAAAGGUGGGCAUGUGUGCCUGAGGUACAGUGCUAGUGGAAGUCACUGCGGCGAGGCACACAAUGGGAUCAAGGCGAGUGGGAACAAGGCAGCGUGGCAUGCAGCAGCUAUCUUCGAGGUGGAAGAUGGCAAGAUCAAAGGUUGGAUCAAAGAAUGGGAUAAGCUGCAUAUGUGGAAGCAGCUGGGCUGGAUGAAGGGAGACGAGUAUAUGUGA